UUCUUUUGGCUGCUCCUUCUCAUGAUUAAUUCAAUAUUGAUUAUAUUUUUUUAGCUCAUUACAAGUGUUGAAUCACAAAUAUUCAACACUUGCAUAUAUUUAGAUAAAGUUUAGUUCAUUCAUUCUCUAUUUUCUUUGAUGAAUGUGGUGCUAUUUGGAGAGACCAGUGAUAAGGAACACAUCAUAAUGAAAAUUUCAUAUGUUUGCCAUAAUGGAGUUGUAUUGUAUUGUAUGUAUUUGGUUUCGAUUCAUGUUAGGGUGAUUGGUGCAGGAUAAUUGGCCUUCUGUGAUGUUUGCAAUGGCAGGAGGGGUGGUACUUAGCCUUGGAAAUCUCUCAACUCAGUAUGCUUGGGCUUUUGUUGGCUUAUCAGUCAGAGAAGUGAUCACUGCAAGCAUAACAGUUGUUAUAGGAACAACCUUGAAUUACUUUUUAGACAAUAGAAUUAAUAGAGCUGAGAUCCUUUUCCCUGGUGUGUCUGCUUCUUGGUUGCAGUUUGCCUUGCUUCUACUGUCCACUCAUCUAAUGCAGCUGAUAAUAAAGAAAAGCUUGAAGGUUUUUAAUCUAAAGAGGGAAAUUGGGCUAAACCUUAUAUUAAAGAUGCUAAAGAAGUUUCCAGGUGCAUUUUUAUUUUAUUGUUUUUCUUUAUGAUUUUGUUGUAUAAGAAGUCAAAGUGUGAUUCAGUUUUUAUUCUUUAAUUUUUUUGGGGAUAUAUUGACAGAAUUUAGAGUUCUGGAAUCAAUUCUUCCUCACAUACUUUUUGAUCAUUGAGAAUGAUAUAUUUGUUAUCUUGAUACAUUUCACAAGCCUUGUUUUAAGUUUCAUGUUUUGUUGCUUCAGUCAUUGUUUUGCAUGGUAGUACAUCUUGCUAUACCCUGCUGUUUCGUCAAGUUUUAGAGUUAUUACAAAUUUAAUUUAAACUUUAUAUGCUUACAGGUGGAAACUAGCUUAAGUCUUAUGUUCUUAAUAAUAAAAGGACUUUUUUUUUACA